AAUAAGUUUAAUAUGCUGCGAUGGAAUGAUAAAAUUCAAAUGGCACUGGAUAUUGCUCUCGGAUUAAUGUUUUUACAUUCUGAACAGAUAAUUCAUGGAAAUUUGCACGCAUAUAAUAUAUUAAUUAAAAGUGGUAGAUUAAUGAUUACAGAUUUUGAAUUGUCGGUAGAUGUAGUUUAUUUUGAACCUCAGUAUCUUCGUGAUCCAAGGUAUAAGCGAGAUAAGAAAUCUGAUAUUUAUAGCUUGGGUAUUCUUUUAUGGGAAUUGUCAAGUGGACAUCCUCCUUUUUCUAAUUACGGACAGGAAGAAUUUAGCUCAGUUCAAACAUUGAUCAUAAAUGGAAAGAGAGAGGAUCCGGUUGAAAAUACGCCUUUUGAAUACCAACAACUUUAUCAAAAAUGUUGGUGUGAUGAUUCAGUUAUAAGACCCGGAAUUAAUGAAGUUAGGGAAAUUUUAUCUCAAAUGAAAUUACGAUUUGAUACUGACGAAUAUAUUAAUGAAAUAUUUAAAAGUUCAUUAACACAACAACAAAUAAUUAGAAAGUUCAAGUUGAAUAAUGGAUUAAUUUUAACUGAGGGUAAUAUACAAUCAAGUAUGCAAGCAAUUUUUGUUGAAGAUGGCGCAUUAAAUAUGAGUUUAUACGAAGGACAACCUAUUGUAUAUCUUAAUAUAAACGAUUUACAGCCAGCUGAUGUGUGUAUCAAUUUUCCAAUUGCUGAAAUGGCUUAUAAAGGUGACUUGUUGGAAUCUUUUUCAAAAUGUGCGGACAAUGACAAUGAUUCUUUUGGACAUUUCUUUGCAAGAAAAAUAUUAGUUGGUGGUAAAUUAUUUAUUAAAGAAUUUAGCUCAGCUACUCAGACACAAAAAGAUAUUUUAAAAUUUUAUUUAUUCCAUGUGAAUAAUUUAACUAAAUAUUCUAUAGAAAUUCAAUUUAAUAAUUUAUUCUCCUUGAAUCUUUUACCAAAAAUAGUAACGUUGGAUGGAGAAGAGUUAGAUACCUAUGAGAAAUUGAUCAAAUGGAUGAAUGACUUAUAUCAAAAUAAAAUUAUAGAUAUAAUUUCUUAUGAUCUUAUUCCCAUUUCUCAAUUAAGACAUAAUGCAUUGCCAAUAGAUGACCUUAAUACUUUUAAUGAAAAACAACCUGGAGUCACCAAAUUUAAAGAAAAAUUAAGUUUAGAAGAGUGGGUUGGAGAUGGAGUGUACUGUAACCUAAUGAGUUGGACCGAAGAUUUUCAUCUUUUUCAAGGAUUGAUAAUUAAUGAAGACUAUGAAAUAAAAAUUAGCAAGAAAAUCGCAGUCGAUUUUGUUGAAAUCCCUAAAGUCAAUAUAAAUAAUAAAUCUUAUCAAAGGAAUAUCAAGCCAUUAACAAAUUUAGAAGAUAUUUUGAUUUCUAAUAAUAUUUUUUCAAUUAAAAAUUUAAGUACAUUCCCAUUUAUUAAAAAUAAUUUUAGAGAUUAUGGAGAUUACAUUCAUAUUUUAUUCAAAUGUGAACGAUAUGAAAUUCUUUUGGAUAAAGAUCUUAUAAAACCAACAAAAGAAUUUAAACAAGCAAUAGAAAGUGCACUUAGUAGCACGAAGCCAUUAAAAAUUUUACGAGAUAUUUUGAAUGAAUAUGGUCAUUUAUUUCCACAAAGAAUUAUCUUAGGAAGUUCCUUAAAAAGUAUUUUACCAAGUAAUAGUAUUCCUGUGGUUGAUUUAGAAAAACUUACAUUUGAUGAUUUAAAUAUUUCGUAUCUUCUAACACAAGAAGGAGAAGUUAUUGAAAUAAAUGAUUUAUCUAAAUGGAUUCAAAAUACAGAUAAUAGUUUGGAAAUUAUUGAAUUUGAUAAUAUAAUCCCACUCUAUAAAAUUCUUGAGGUAGAACAACAAAAAAAAAUUGAUGAUAUAUUAAAAAAUGAUUUUCGAAUUAUAAUGACAGGUAUUACUGAUUUGAAAGAUUUAGAUAAUAAUGAUGUUAUGCACUACAAACGUAUAAAUUUAAAUUCAGAAUCUUCAUUGGGAAGUGAAGAUUACAAAGUAUUCGGAUCAAUAAUUUCAGAAAAUAAUACAAAGUCAGAAGAAAUUUAUGUUAAUUUUGGGUUAUAUAAUUAUAAUGGAUUUUAUGCGAUAAUUAAAAAAUUGGAAAUAAGUGUUGAUAUAAAAAAAUAUUAUGUUCUAUGGAUGGUUGUUGGAAGUCCUUCAAAAUUAUCAAUUUUUAGUCCAAAUAAUCGAGAAUUUUCAGUUGGUUAUAUCAAAGAAUCUAUUACGUUACGAAUUGACAAGUCAAAUCAUCAUAUAAAAGCCCCUUUUCAAUUAUUUCAAGGGUAUACUAUUUUCGUUCACGCAUAUUACUCUUCAACAAAUUAUGAACCUAUUAGUAUUAUUAAACUAGUUGAAUGGAAUGAUCAAUAUUUUAAUAUUUCAAUUCAAAGUAUAAUUGAUUCAGAUGCUCAAUUUGACGGAGAUAAAAUAGAUUUACAUGUUUGUAUCCUAUCAACAGAUAAUAAAAAUUUGAAGAUUGACCGCGAGGAAAGGGAAUGCUCUUUAAAUUUAAUUGGAUAUAUGUUAACUAAAGAAAAUUUGAAUGAGAAAUUUGAUUAUGAAAAACCUUCAUCUUCAGAUUCAGAAUUGGCGAUUGUACAAAAUAUGAAUAACGAUACAUCCCUUACAGACUCUACCAAUAAUGAUCCACUGUAUAAUAGAAAAAUAAAUUCAAUAAGUGACAUGCAAUUUAAAGAAGCUAAAGUAACUGGUAAUAGAAAAAAAUAAUUUAACUUCAAAUCAAUGAGUAACAUAUCAAAUGAAAUUAAAAAAGGCUAAAGAAAUUCAUAUAGACUCUUCUAUAUUUGUCUUAGAUGCCGUAAGGAUGUCUAAUAUUACAGAAACUUCAAAUAUUGUCGAAUGGUUAGAAAAAUCAAUUUCUGUUGGACGUAUCAAGUAUUAUGAACCUUCG